AUCCCACUGGAUGUGCCAAGCUGCUCCCCAGUUUUUGGGUGGCUCUGGAGCAGGGCACAGGCUGUCCCACAGCCGGGAGUGCUGCGGUGAGCGCUGGGCAUGGUCCCCACGGCGGGACAGGGACAGAGCUGGCCACAUGGCUGCAUUCCCAGGCAGGAAUCGGAGCGUGCUGCGUCUGGACAACACCAAAAUCGUGAAUUUCUGGAGCGGUUGGGAAGCGGAGCUGGGAACGAGCUGUGGGGCUGGGGUGGGCAAGGAUGGGGCUGGAAUGGGAUUGGGAUGGGGGUGGAGGGCUGGCAAUGCCCGCGGUGCCAGGCCCUGCUCUCGGCACUGCUUUGGGCUUUGCUCAGCCCCUCCAUGGCUGUGGCUGCUCCUCAGCUCCGAUGGCUGCCGGGGAAUUGAGGCUGUCCCCAUCCCGGGACCCCUUUCCCGCCGAGGGGCCCCUGUCUGGGGUGAAGAGGAGGAUGAAGGGGCUCAUCUCAGCCCCUCAAACCCUUCAUUCUCCCGGUGCUGGUCAGUGCUGUGACCCCACAGCCGCAGCAGUGCCCGUGGGGAGCUGGGAGGGUUGGGGGUCAGGGGCACCUCCCACCUCUGCUGCCGUUUUUUUGCACUGGAUUAAUGAGAACCAGAUUGUGCAGCCGGGAAAGAGCCUGGAAGCCAAAUCCUGCUGCUGGAGUCCCUCUCGGUCUCCUGCACGAAUCCUGGGAAUGGGCUCAGCCAUGGGCACGUGGCUGCUGCUCCUGGUGUUGCUGGCGGUGGCCCCGGCGCAGGCGGCAGCGCCCCGGCACCGCCUGGUGCUGCCGGACACCGCGGGCAGCGGGGACGGGGAUGAAGCAUCAGCCACGCUGCCCGCCCAGCCCGUCACCCCCCGGGUCAGCCCCACGGUGGGGGACGCGCCGGGGACCACGGUGACCAACAGCUCGGCGCCGGGCGUGCUGGACGGGCUGGUGGAUUUCUUCAAGGAGUAUCUGCUGCUGGUGGUGGUGGUGGGCUCGCUGUCCUUCGUCCUCCUCUUCAUCAUCUGCGCCGCCGUCAUCGUCCGGCAGAAGCACAAGGCCUCUGCCUACUACCCCUCCUCCUUUCCCAAGAAGAAAUACGUGGAUGAGCAGGACAAGUCGGGGGGAGCGCGGGCGUUCAGCGAGGUGCCCGAGAAAGCCCCCGAGGCGGGCGCGGAGGAGCCGCUGGACGGCAGCCGGCAGCUCCAGGCAGACAUCCUGGCUGCUGCCCAGAACCUCAAAUCCCCCCACAAGGCACCGCUGGCCAACGAGGCCCGGGGUGAGCAGAAUUCCCCUCAGGAGAAGGAGGAGGAGGAGGAGGAAGGAAGGAAGAAGUUGGGGGAUGAGCAACCCAAGCUCCCUGCCCAAAAUCCAGGUGUGGAGGAGGCGGCGAGCGCAGGAAGCAAGGAGACCCCAGAUGCGUCCCAGGAUGGCUCCCAGGCUCCCCCUGGAAUCUGAGGCAGGGACACAGUCCCUGAGGAGCUGCUGGCUUGGGACACGUGAUGGACAUGGUGGAUCAGGUUCUGUACGUACGUGGUGGCUCCAGGAAGCCCCGAUGAAGAUCCCGUUCCCGCCCAGCUCUCCCAACCCUCGUGCUGAUGGGAUGCUCAUGGGGGGGAUUUGCCAGCUGGUGGCUUUCCCCAGCACUGGAACGCUGUCAGCCCCAGCUCCUGCUGCUCAAGGGGCCUCUCCCACCCCAGGAACUGGGUGGGUGCAUCCCCCCAGCUCCAGCUCUGUCCCCACUGUGCCACCAGCUUCCUCCCAAAUCAGCAGCAGCCUGGUCCGUGCCGGGCUCCUGGCUGGGAGCUGUGUCCCUCUGGGACGAGGGACGGGAGCGGGGCUGGAGGUCUGUAGGACAUGGGUCAGCUUUGCCCAUGGCCACCCAAGGGAAAGAGAGAUGAGGGGACAAGCUCCCUCCUUUCCUUCUUUCACCCCGGAGUCCAGCUGGAUUUUUGCCUCACUUCCUGAACCCCUUCAGCUAGAAAUAAACAUUUCCUCCGCACAGCUCCUCUCCCGUGUGUCUCUGCAGCUGAGGGGUGGCCAGGGGACAGUCCUCAUGUCCCUGUGCUCCUCCAGGGGCAGGGAGUUAUCAGACCCCACAUCAGCACAUCACGUGCCCUUCCAGGAAACCUUUAUCUUGCACCCACAGCUGUGGGGCUGAGGGGGGGCUGUGGGGGACUCAGCCGCAGCACUGGGGUGCAGCUGCUGCAGUGGGGACAGCAGGGAAACCUGCAAGGUGAGAGGCUGCUCUGCCCCAAAAGCAGCACACCCCUGCAGCCUCCUGGGUCCCUGUGUUUUAUCCCAUUAUGUCCCUGCCUCAGAACAACCUUCCCCUGGGAAGAGUGUGCCACCACAAAUAGCUGAUUUUGCCCCAGAGCAGAUGUGAGCGUGUGAAGUUUCCCGGAUUCUUUUUUUAAACUGGGGGAUAGCAGGAUUGUUCCGUGAGGGAAAGGCACGUUCCUCACGGCUGGAGGGUGCCAGGAGCUGAGGAACCACAAGAGGGACCUUGUGAGUGACAAACCUGCAGCAAUGUGUGACCUGUGUUAAAAAUUACAAAUACUGUGCUCAGAUGGAGCAGAACGAGACAAUUAUUUUUUUAAAUGUGGUUUUAAAUUUUUAACAACACCCUCAGUACAAAAAAUGGGAAGUGAGGUGUCUUGUGGGGGGUUAGAAGGUGAAAAGGUGAGGUUUGCCAAUGUGUUGUCUGCUUGGUUUGGAAAUACUCCCCUGGAAAAGAGGAACUCUGGGAGUUCCCCCUCAGCUCUGCAUUCCAGCUCUGCUAUUCCCCACUGGGGUUCCAGACUGAGGGAAUUUUAGAGAAUCCUGGAGUGAUUUGGGUUGGAUGUUAAAGCCCAUCUAUUUGCAAAUCCCUUCCUUGGGCAGGGACACCUUCCUCUAGCCCAGGAUUUACAGCUGUAAGAGAGCACCUGGUGAGUGAAAAAGUGAAAUUCUUAGAGAGAACACCCCAAAAUUUCCUCAAACACGAGCUUCAAAAAUUAAGCAGCGACAGGAUGGGAGCAGAAACCACCAGUGUUUCCUGGCCACUUUUCCCUUUGGCACCUGCAAAGGGUCCCAGAAUUCCAAGAGCAGGAAUUUGCCCCUGGAUUGCGACACCAACCCUGACGCAGCCGGAGCCAGGGGCGGCCCCACAGCUCUCGAACACACAUCCAAACCAGGGCAACAUUUCCCACUAAAUUCCAUAAAAUAUUAGGCAAAACUAGACAUCUUCUCAAAAAAAAAAAAAAAGAAAGAAAAAUAAAAAUGAAAGUGCAGCCCUUCUAGUACCAGACAGCGG